UACAACUACACCUCCAAGUACAACUACACCUCCAAGUACAACUAUACCUCCAAGUACAAAUAUACCUACAAGUACAAAUACACCUCCAAGUACAACUAUACCUCCAAGUACAACUAUACCUACAAGUACAAAUACACCUACAAGUACAACUAUACCUACAAGUACAAAUUCACCUCCAAGUGCAACUAUACCUCCAAGUACAAACACACCUCCAAGUACAAAUACACCUCCAAGUACAACUAUACCUCCAAGUACAACUAUACCUCCAAGUACAACUAUACCUCCAAGUGCAAAUACACCUCCAAGUACAACUAUACCUCCAAGUACAAACACACCUCCAAGUACAAAUACACCUCCAAGUACAACUAUACCUCCAAGUACAACUAUACCUCCAAGUACAACUACACCUCCAAGUACAAAUACACCUCCAAGUACAAACACACCUCCAAGUACAAUUAUACCUCCAAGUACAAACACACCUCCAAGUACAAAUACACCUCCAAGUAUAAACACACCUCCAAGUACAACUAUACCUCCAAGUACAAAUACACCCACAAGUACAAAUACACCUACAAGUACAACUACACCUCCAAGUACAACUACACCUCCAAGUACAACUACACCUCCAAGUACAACAACACCUACAAUACAACUACACCUACAAGUACAACUACACCUACAAGUACAACUACACCUCCAAGUACAAAUACACCUACAAGUACAACUAUACCUCCAAGUACAAAUACACCUACAAGUACAACUAUACCCCCAAGUACAACUACACCUACAAGUACAACUACACCUACAAGUACAACUACACCAACAAGUACAAAUACACCUACAAGUACAAAUACACCUCCAAGUACAAAUACACCUACAAGUACAAAUACACCUACAAGUACAACUACACCUACAAGUACAACUACACCUCCAAGUACAACUACACCUCCAAGUACAAAUACACCUACAAGUACAAAUACACCUACAAGUACAACUACAUCUAAAAGUACAAAUACAACUCCAAGUACAAAUACAUCUCCAAGUACAAAUACUACUACAAGUACAAAUACACCUCCAAGUACAAAUACACCUACAAGUAAUAAUACACCACCAAGUACAACUAUACCUACAAGUACAAAUACACCUCCAAGUACAAAUACACCUACAACUACAACUACACCUACAAGUACAACUACACCUACAAGUACAACUACACCUACAA